AAAAAAUCCGAAUUUUGAACAGAAACAGUACCUCUACAUGAGUAAAUACAUGAAAGAAAAUAAAUUGAAUAAGUGACCCAUUAUUGUGGUAAAUUUGUGAGAUGUCUAGAUUGAGAAGGCCCAGGAGAAACUCAACACCAGACAGAUAUCAAGCCCUAUUCAGUGAUCCAGAGUGUAGACACACUGACAGAUGUGCAGAAGAAGGGAAUACUAUCCCUCUAACAGAUAAUUCACUUAUGGUGGAUAUAUCUGAUGCUUUGAGCGAAAAAGAUAAAGUCAAGUUUACAGUUCAUACCCGGACAACAAUGAAGAAUUUCCAAAAACCAGAGUUUUUGGUAGUUCGUCAGCACGAAGAAUUCAUUUGGCUUCACGAUCGUUAUGAGGAGGAGGCUAAGUACGCUGGGUAUAUUAUACCUCCUCCGCCACCCCGACCAAAUUUUGAUGCCUCUCGGGAAAAACUGCAGCGACUGGGAGAAGGCGAGGGAACUAUGACUAAAGAAGAGUUCACUAAAAUGAAGCAAGAAUUGGAGGCUGAAUAUUUAGCGACAUUUAAGAAAACUGUUGCCAUGCACGAAGUUUUCCUCACCAGACUCGCGAGUCACUCAAUUUUUCGUGAAGAUUCGCACCUACAUGUUUUCCUAGAAUAUGAUCAAGAUCUGUGUGCCCGUCCAAAAGGAAAACUGCAACAGCUGGGAGGAUUGUUCAAAUCUGUCGGAACCACCACUGAUCAGUAUUACUUGAACGCAACUGUUAGAGAUGUUAAUGACUUUUUUGAGCAACAAAUGAACUCUUUGACAGAGUAUCAUAGUCAGCUCAAGGAAGCUACUUAUCGCACCGAUAGGAUGACUGAAAAACAUAAAGAGCUUGCCGAUAGCUAUAUCAAAAUAUCCAGCGGUUUAUUGCAAUUAGCAAAUAGCGAUAAUGGUCAUUUGGACAAAUAUUUAGCAAAAGUGUCAGAUACUCUUGAAAAAAUUAGGAAAAUAGAAAGUAGAGUUGCAAGCGACCAAGAUUUGAAGCUAGCAGACACCCUUCGAUACUACAUGAGAGACAGCCAGGCAGCCAAGGCGCUUCUCGUCAGACGUUUGAAAUGUUUAGCAAACUAUGAAAAUGCCAAUAGAACCCUUGAGAAGGCCAGGCAUAAAAAUAAGGACAUUCAUGCUGCUGAACAUGCACAGUCUGCCGCUUGCGAGCAGUUCGAAUCAAUUUCUGCUCAAGCUAAAGAGGAGCUACUAGAUUUCAAGACCAGGAGGUUACAUGCAUUUAAGAAGAGUUUGAUAGAACUGGUUGAACUGGAGAUCAAGCACUCUAGGACCCAGCAGGAUCUCUUGAAGAAGGCAGUGUCCAAUCUCAAAGAAUUGCUUUAAUCUUCGUGAUACGUCCUUUUGAUACCUAUCUGAAUUCGUUUAAUUUUUUUAUUAUUUGUUGUACAUUCCCUCUUUUUCGAAUUUUAUAUAUCAAGAAAUAAUUUUGUAAAAAAAAAAUAUUAUUUUAGUUAUGUCUACGUGAUAUAUAUUAUAUGGCAAAUAUCUAUAUGAAUAUAACAUCAUCAAUCGAAUAAUGCAUGUUAUCUGUAACUGAAUGGAAGAUGAUUUUUUUAAAUAUUUUGUGUAUUAUUAUGAUUGGAGCUAAAUUAUAUUGUUACAUAAAUA